AUGGCCGCAUCACUUUUCCUACUUGUGGACGCUGGCCCGGUUCGAGAGUUCCAGCUCGAGACGCGACAGUACGAGAGCUAUUGCUGCAUCCCAGGGUGCCUCGGAUGUUCGAGCAAUAGUUGUCUAAAUGGUGGUUGUUCUGGAGUUUAUGGUUCCUGCUGUGCCGAAGGUCGUCGCGAAGUCCUGGAUGGAAAGGUCAAGAUUUUCAACACCGAUGGCGAGGAAAUGCAAUUCUUCGAUUAG